AUGGCAGCCAUUAUACCACGAAAAGAGUCUGAAACGGAACAUAGGAAUAGAAGUGUCAACAUGGACCCCAGCCAUGUGAGAAGCCUGACAAGAUUAGUUCUCGUCCUAGGGAUCAUAGUCCGUGUAAUUGUUUACUACUACAGCCUGUGGCAUGACAACAAUUUCGAUGUGAAGUUUACAGAUGUCGAUUACUAUGUCUUCUCAGAUGCUGCCAAAUAUGUACUGAGGAAUGAAUCUCCUUAUAAAAGAUACACCUAUAGAUAUACCCCUCUAUUGUCUUACUUGAUGGUGCCGAAUUUCGUUUUUCAUUUUUCCUUUGGCAAAAUCGUAUUCUCAUCAUUCGAUUUUCUCAUAGCCAUUGUCCUGAUUAGAAUCUUAAGAAUUAAAUACCCCACAUGCAAGAAUUACAUUUUUUAUGUUUCCUUGUGGAUCCUAAAUCCGAUGGUGAUCGUCAUAUCCAUUAGGGGUAAUGCCGACUGUAUCCCCUCCUUCUUCGUUUUGUUAACUCUCCUUUGUAUUUAUCAGAAGAAAAUUUACCUCGCAGCUAUUUGUUAUGGGCUAGCUGUUAAUUUUAAGAUAUACCCAAUUAUCUAUGCCCUCCCUCUGAUGCUUUAUUUGAACAAAGACUAUUUGGCCAAGGAUACAUUUUUCCAAGGGGAUAAACAACAGGACCUUUGUGUGAAUCUGAUUAACCGCACUCUUCGCUCACUCGCGCGACUUUUCGUUGGACUGCUUAAGUUAAACCGGGACCAGCUGGUGUUUUCCCUGUGGAGUUUUGCCACCUUUAUGCUGCUAAACGGGGUGUUCUAUCGAAUGUACGGAUACGCGUUUCUUCACGAGUCUUUCAUAUACCACCUCGUGCGUCGGGAUCACAGACACAACUUUUCCCUCUUCUUUUAUCUUAUGUACCUGAGCAUUGAAAGCAACUCCAAGAUCAUCCCCCUCAUAACAUUUGUUCCCCAAGCUGUGUUAGUGGCGCUGUUCGGCUUUAAGUACGCGCGGGCCAAUUUGGAAUUGUCCAUGUUCCUGCAGACCCUCGCCUUCAUUGCCAUGAACAAAGUGUGCACCUCGCAGAUCAACAGCGGCCACUUGAAAGCGUGGAAAAUGAACGAAACAGACAUGCAGCUAGUAGUCGAGCCGCUCUCUCUGACCGAGAUGCUCAACGCGAGGGUCCCGAAGAAGGGAAACAAAGUGGAGUUCAAGAAAAAUGUGGAAAAGUCCGAGGGUCAAAAGGCCGUCUUGCAGCGGUACUACGCGUUCGACCGAUGCUUCGACGAAAACGUUGGCAAUGAAGAGGUGUACAAACACCUAGCGAGAGAUAUCGUUCUGGACACCUUUAAAGGGAUAAACGGGUGUAUCCUGGCUUAUGGGCAGACGGGGUCAGGAAAGACACACAGUGUAAUGGGGGUGCCAACAGACCCAGGCAUGCUGCCAAGAUCACUGGCAGAAUUCUUCAACGGUAUCGAAAACCCAUCCUCUCUAAAUGAAGAUAAUAGUGACAGUAUCAAUACGGAUGACGAAUCGAAUAACAACACGAAAGAAUUUCUGAUGAGCGUAACUUACCUGGAAGUGUACAUGGAGAGAGUUAACGAUUUGCUACAAGAAGGAUACCGAGGAGGGGCAACUGAAAAUCUGGAUGUGAAGGAAGACCCCAAGAGGGGCUUCGUUGUGAUAGGGGUACAAGAAGAAACAGUAACGUCCAUAGAUGAAGUAAUGCUUCUAGUUGCCAAAGCUGAACAGAGAAGACACAUAUCGCAGACCAAUUUUAACGAAACGUCUUCCAGAUCGCACACGAUUUUUACCGUCAUAUUGGAAUCGAAUCAGGUGCUAAGUGAUGGAACAUCGAUUAACAAAAGGGGGGAACUAAAGAUAGUAGAUUUGGCAGGAAAUGAAAGGGCAGGAAGAGCAGCCGAAGGAAUAGAGAAUGCGAAGACGCUGAUAGAAGAGGGAAAGGCCAUAAAUAAAAGUCUCUUCGUCCUAAGUGAAGUCAUUUCCAAGUUGUCCAAAAGAGCUCAAGCAAUAGCAGCAGGAGAUGAAAAAAAACUGAAAAAAAUUCAAGAAGAUUUAGUUUUCAUACCAUGGAGAGAUUCCAAAUUGACCAGAAUUCUGAGUAAAAGUCUGGGAGGAAAUUGUCGUGCUUCUGUAAUUGUGGCUGUCCAUCCGUCUCAUUUUUAUCUGGACACCUCCUUCUCUACCCUCCGUUUCGCAUUAAAGUGUAAGACAAUCAAAAAAAAAAUCCAAGUGAACUACCUCUCAGCGGAGCAGUCCGUUAUUAUGCAGCAAAAGGAGCUGAUAGCCAAGCUACAGAAUCAGCUGAAGCAUCUGGCAACCACCAAAAAUGUAGACAAUCAUCUCCUAGGGGGGGAGAAAAACAAUGUAAGUUCUAGAAAUCCAGAAGAUGAUGAAAAAAUAUUAGCCUUAAAGCACGAACUGGAAGAAAAAGUGAAGAAAUUUCAAAAUUUUAUCCUAAAGUCUGAGCUCCAUGUGCAUCCAAAUAACUACCGAACGUUGAGAUCUAUCGAUGGCAACACGGAGAAGUCGCUCAAGUAUUCUAUGACCAUAAGUAACAAUAUAAAAAAUGAAUACACAUGGCUGAGAUCCUUUGAUACCCAUGAAUAUGACUCCAAGUGGGAUGGGAUGGAAAAGUAUGAAGAUCAGAAUGAUCAGGAAAAUAUUAACAUCUCAAAGGCUAUGGACUACUUGAAGAAUAAACCUCCAUAUAAAUUAAACUCUUCCGAAAUGAGUGAAGACGCUAUGUCCAAUGAGUCCCAGAAAGACGAUUUGACUUGCCUCAAUUAUUAUAAUGAAUUGGAAGAGCUGGAACGGCUGGAGAAGAAUGAGUUGAGGAGGAGGAAGAGGAGGGACAAAGGAGAUGCCGCUACGAGCAACACUUCCGCCAAUAGGGUGUAUGGACAGCUCAGCAAGUUAAGCAACAUGGAAUAUUCCAACCUGGUGGAUGAAGAGGAGAAGGGGGAAGCUGGCAAGGGGAAAAAGGCCAAGAAGAAGAAGGGGAAGGAAAAGCACAAGGAUAAAGACAAGGAUAAGGACAAGGAUAAAGACAAAGACAAGGAUAAAGACAAGGAUAGGGACAAAGAUAAGCCGAAGGGUAGGGGCAACAAAGUUGGGACGAACCACCUGAGGAAGAAAAAAACGGUCAAUGAUGAGAAGUUCAAAAGAGGGUCCUUUGGGAAAGCGGCUGGCGCGCUCAAGGGGGGCAGCGAAGAAGAUGGCAGCAGCGAGGGGAGUGAACUCACUGACAGGAGCGACCUGGACGACAAUCGCCAGGAAAAUCAACAAACCAGGCGCGAUUCAAAUCGGCACACAAGUCAUGAGCCACAUGGGCAGACCAUCCUGGAGGACGACGACUUUCGCGAGGGGGAGACGAAGUGGGAGGGCGGAGCCGACCUGGUGAGACGACUCUCCUCCGUGAGCUUCGCUCAACCGAGGGAGCAAGACGACAACGAAAAAAGGACGUCCAUCAUCUCCAACUUGAAGGAAAAAAUUGAAGAAGACCUGAAAAAGAAAAAAAAAAUCAUCAGCAGAAACGUCGAGUUGAACAGGCAAAUCAAAUUUAUUAUGAAGCUGAUGCAGAAGGUAGGCCUGUCUACCAUCCUAACAGGCACCGUACCUCCAGGAAGGAACAUAGAAAAUGUGUUGCAGCUGCAGGAGAAUUUGAGAGAAGAUUUGAAGUUAUGCGACACGAAGAAGUCGAUGGAGAUGAUCAGUGGAAAGAAGGGCAAUGUCCCAACUACAGGUUCCGCGUCAGCCGCUAUUUGUACCAAUGGUGAUAAAGACGAUUCGGCUGCAAAGCGUCGUCAUCUAAACGACCGCUCCGUAGAAAUGGGGGAGGCGGAGGAGGAGCUGCUAAGUGGCGUAUUCGACGACAACGAACAUGAUGCGGAAUACAAUGAGUCCAUAUCACACGUUUUCAUAAACGAAAUGUUUUUUUCGUUCGUCCUGAGGAUUCAACAGAGGGAAGACCCAAAUGGGGAAGAGUUAAAAAGUGUAGAAGACAUACUGAAGAGUGAAGAAAAACCAUAUGAUGUGUCGAAGAAAGCGCUGGAAGACAUACUCGGAAGUACCAUCGCAAAUAAGGUGGAUGAGCAUGAGGAGGGGAACACAAUAAAGAACAUAAAAGAUGAAAAGAACAGCAAAACAAUAGACUCCAUUCUGACCAUGCUUACACCAUGGGAACAGAAAAUAUUGGCACUACUAUACGAACAACAGAAAAUGAGACAAGCUGUCCAGAAGAUCAAGGAGAAAUUUUCCCAGCGCAUUCAAAAUAUUAACAUUUUCAUUAAAAAAAUAUUAACCGAUAAGGUCGAAGUGGAGAAACAUUUCAAUCGAAUUAUUAAGGCAACAGAAAGUUACAAAAAUGAUCUGCUGAAGACGGGUGAUGUAGAUUCUAACUUCAAGUUUGCAGGGAUGAUGAAAAAGCUGGAAGAACUGUCCAUAUCGCUUGCAGAAAAAACCAGAGACUUCAAUGUAUUGGCUGAAUUUCACCUAAACUUGAGGAAACAAAUGGAGAAGAAGGAUUCCCUAAUUAAGGAGCUCCGGGAAGAGAACAAGCUGUUUUAUCUUGUCCCGAAGUAUAAUGAGCUGCUACAGGAGUUAAAUGCGCGGGAUGAACAAAACAGCGAGGCGACCAAGGAACUGAAGAAGGAGUUUCUUCUCAUGUAUGGACGACUAAUGCUCUCCAGGAAGAGACUACAAGAAAAAGAAGUAAUCGAAAAUGACAUGCGAAAUUUGAAUAAAAAAAUUUACACGGAGUUGGUAGAGUCCAUAGCCAUCAUCAAAAAUCUGGAGUCGCAAAACAGGUUCUUAGAAUUUAAGUUAAACAUGGAGAAUAAGAAAAAGGUGGUGAAAAUGAAAAAACUGAUGGGGGAGAGGGAGAUGCUCAAUAAGAUUGUAGACAAGAUGGAGAAAAUGCUGGAGGAGGCCAAAAUCGACGCGAGCGAGGUGAAGAAUGAAAUCAUGGCUAGCUACAACAAUGGAAACCUCUCGACGGCCGACGUGCAGAGUGAGGACGAUGGGGAGCACCUUGAGAGGAGGAAGGAAUCCGGGGCGAAAAGGAAGAAGCGGAAGGAGAAGGAGAAUGAAAAAGGAACAGGAAAGGAAAAGAAAAAGGGAAGGGAAAAGGGGACGGAACAGGGCAGCAAAAAGGGAGGCAGAAUUCCCCGAAGAGUGGACGCCAACGAUGAGAGCCCAAAUGAGACACAGAACGAUGCCGAAAGGGACUCGAGGAAAAAGAACGCGCUUCAGGAAAUUGCGCCCAAGGCCAAAGAGCCCCCUAGGAGGCAACAAAAAAAGGAGGCAAUUGUCAAUCGCCCCUAUUCCGAAGAAAAAAUAAUCAAAAAAUAUGUGAGCAGGAUAGACACCAAUUUGUCCCUCAAGAGGGCUGGCGUGAGAAAAGUGGCCUCUCGGGAUAGAAGCGGUUUAACCGGUUUACACGGUGUAACUCGUUUGCGUGAACGCGGGAAAGACGGCCCACCGGAAAAAAACGCCAAACUGGAAAAUAACAAAAAAAGUGUGAACAAGGUUAAAAAAAAAGGGGGCAACGACUUGGGGGAUGCAGAUACGUCUGAGAAGCUUAAGUCCAAAAAUCGUGUUGCCAAAAAAACGGGGAAAAAAAAGAUACAAAAUAGCGAUUUAGAAGAAGUGAAACCUUUGAGUGACUUAAACCCAAGUAACAGCGUUGAAAAGAAGAGGAUGAAGAAGAAAAAAAAAGUUGUUAAGGAGAAAAAAAGAGACCUGUUAAAAUACUUAAACAAAGGGGGCAGCAGCAAUGACGGGGAAAAUAUCCAAACGGUGCUCUCCGAUGAAAAUGAAUUUCAGGACUACAAAAAAAAUGGUAGCUCCACGACGGACUGCGAAGCGAACGAAAUGCGCAACAUAUUGAACCAGGAAAUUCAGAAGAAAAAGAAAAUAAGCAAGUGA